AAGAGUUCGGGACUGAUCCAAUUCCAGAGUGUGCGUGAUGGCCGUGCAGCCUUCGCAGAUUCUUAUUGGGGCAUUUCCACAUACACUAUAAAUUCGCAAUAAAGAGCAAUGGCUUCUGCAGCAAGAAUUCUAGGAUCAGUUUUCCAAAAAGCCUCUCCUUCACUCGGUAUCUUCUCCUUAAUCUCGCUUCAGAAACCCUAUACUAAGCACAGUUUUCUUCGAGGAAUCUCGCCUUCUAGAUUUUCGCCCACAGUAGGCGGAGCUCAGAGAAAGAGGAGGAUAUGGACAACUUCCCCUCUUUGUAUGGGAAGGCGUUCUUGCAAGAUCGCUGGGAGAAAGGAUGCUCAGAAUUUGAAGAAGAUGAAAAGAAACAGUAGAAUUGGAAAAGAAAUUGUCUCUGCGUAA